UACAAAAAAACAGUAACUGCGCAUGUUCAGUGCAUAUCCGGCAAACUAAGGUUUACUUAAGGUUUGCCGUGUCCGGCAAAAUAUCCACUGCCUUAUUUUAAUGGAUACUUUAAAUUGGUCCAAAGAUUAAUUAUUGCAAUAAGCAAAAUGCACGGCCUACAAAAAAGUGUUGUGUUUCAAAGAAGAGUCCAAGUUUUGAAUCUUGAUGGAUCUCCGUGAAGUAGGUGACUAAUUAACAAAGAGGACUAAAGCAAAGGAGAGGGUAAGGGUACAGGAGGGAAAGUGGAGGAAAUAACCGUAAGAAAGGAUGCAAUUUUUUGGCUCUUGAAAAUUAAUUGAACAAAAAAAAGUGGUGGAUAAAUUAAGUAUGUUGGCCAGUUUUCCAUACUGGUGGCUGUCUCCUUAAAGCAAACUUGCAGUCAUGACAAUGGACAUGAGUCGUACAGGGACAGCGUCUUCAAGUGUCAUGGAGCCCAGGCUAAAAUCAUCAGACAAAUCUGGCAGGUGUAACAUGAAGGACACUUCAUAUGAUGGCAGGGACAGCAGGCAGUAACGUAGACGCAGGGCAGACAAAAAUGAUGAUUCUAGGUCCAGAACCGAGAAGCAUCUCAGCUGGGGUAGAAUGCCCGAUUGCCAAAAGGAUAAGAGAAGAGAUCAUUCCUCCUCCUCAAGGUCGAGACACAGGAGCAGAGACGGAACCAGAGCUUCAUCCACAAGAAAGGGCCCUUCGAAAAGAAGUGAGACGUCCCGUGGGAAGAAACGUGGGAAAAAACGCGCAAGGAAAAGAAAGGUUUCCAAAGCUUGGAAUCUCUAUGGGUACACUGCUGAUGACAUCCCUGCGCCUGAGAAAUCAAGCGGGGAUGUUGAACAUUCCAGCAGACAAACUGAUCCAAAUGCAGAUGAACGAUUGUCUAGAACUCACCAAUGGGAUGAAGAUAGGACUUUGAGACCACAAGAUUGUAGAGAUGAGUCUGGAAAUUGUUCUGAGGUAGAAAAAUUGUCCAGGGACAACGAUGGCAUGUUUGACUGGAAGAGGCACAGACGGGAGCUGGAUGCAAUAUUUUUUAGGGAUGACAGUAUUAUCAAAAGGAAAUCAGAAGAUUACCAUGAUUUUUGGAAGUUUCUUGAGCGCUACCAAGCUUUUCAAUUCAAGCUGAGUGCCAGUCAGCCACAUCGAGACAAGAAUGAUGUCCAAGACAAGGAAAAAUCUGUCAAAUCUGCUGUUCUCAGAUUGCCCCUGAUAUAUGACAAUGUGACACUGAAGUUGAGAGGAGUGGAAGAAGCAGAAAGACGAUCAAAGUGGUUGACCAGCAAGAAAGAUGAUGAAGAUGAGUUAACCACUAAACGCAUCAAGAAAAUCAGCAAGGUGCUUGUUACAAACCCAUUUAUGCUGUAAUCGGUUAGUACGGUUUGCUCCCACACUUGAAUUUUUGGUAUUUAAAGAGAAUGUACAACAUUUGUUUUUGCUUCAACUUUCAGAAAUAAAUGGAGUUGGAGGAUUAGUAUGUUAUAGCAAAUAUUGUUAAAAAGAUUGUUUCAUGUUUUGGGCUUGUCUAUGUAGAUGCUUCAAAAACCAAGGAAAAUAAUGUUCUUGUAGUUUUGUUCCCUGACCCCACUUAAGAUGAAACAGAGCAAUUUAUAGACUAUCGGGAAUUGUAAGGUCAGAGAA